GUGAAAUAAAAUACUCAAUUCAAAUUUAUGACGCCUGUAUGGAGGCUUUUGACUGUUUGCCAUUGGCGGCUCUAUUAAAUCAACAGUUUCUGUGUAUUCAUGGAGGUCUAUCACCUGAAAUCUUUACCCUAGAUGAUAUCAAAAAGUUAAACAGAUUCCGUGAACCCCCCGCCUUUGGACCCAUGUGUGAUCUCUUGUGGUCCGAUCCGUUGGAAGAUUUUGGCAAUGAAAAAAAUAGUGAUUAUUUUACACACAAUUCAGUGCGUGGUUGUUCGUACUUUUUCAGCUAUAUGGCCUGCUGUGAAUUUCUACAAAAGAAUAAUUUGUUAUCGGUUGUCAGAGCCCAUGAAGCACAAGAUGCGGGCUACCGCAUGUAUCGCAAAAAUCAGGUUACCGGUUUUCCAUCUCUGAUAACAAUAUUUUCGGCGCCCAAUUAUUUGGAUGUUUAUAACAACAAGGCAGCUGUACUUAAAUAUGAGAAUAAUGUUAUGAAUAUUCGACAAUUUAAUUGUUCACCCCAUCCAUAUUGGCUGCCAAAUUUUAUGGAUGUCUUCACAUGGUCAUUGCCAUUUGUUGGCGAGAAGGUUACCGAUAUGCUUGUGAGCAUUUUAAAUAUCUGCUCGGAUGACGAACUUCUAAGCGGCCCAGAUGAUGAACUAGAGGAAG